ACCUCCUAACACCUGGAGGCUCACCUUGAAUCAUGGCUCUGAGCCUCUGGCCCUUGCUGUUCCUGCUGCUGCUGCUGCUGCUCCUUCCCCAUGCAGUGAUCCUGGCCCCUGUGGAGUCCCAGGACCCCGACUCUGUAAUUUCUCUCCUGGGGUCAUUUUUAGGGGCCCUGGAUAUGGUCCCACCAAGCUUCUUCAGUCGUUCACAGUUCUCUGCCUUCCUAGAAAACAUUUCUUCUACUCUGGAAGACUUAGAGGCUAGAGAUAUGGGGGGAGAGGAGCCCCCAACUUUAAGACCCCCUGCACUCCGGCUUCAUGAUUUCCUGGUGACUUUGAGGGGCAGCCUGGAUUGGGAACCCUUGAUCAAGCUACUAGGGGAUACCCUGGCACUUCUAGGUCAUGAGCAGACACCUCGGGACUUUCUGGGGCACCAGGCAGGCACCCUAAGUGGGCUGGCAGAGGUGCUGCUCAAUGUCCUGCUUCCCGAGGAGUCCACAGUGCCUCCUCGGCCCCACUGUACUCGAGAUGGACCCCCCGACUGCGAUCUGGCCGCUGACUGGUUACCUUCACUUCUACUGUUGCUGGAGGGCACCCGUUGGCAGGCAUUGCUGCAGAUGAUUCCUGUGGCUGAUGCCAACGUGACAGACCCUGGCUGGGGGGAGCCGCCUCCCCGUCUUUUGCAGGGCCUUCUGGGCCUGAUCCCCCCCCCUGAGGAACCAGGGGCCGAAGGACCCCUCUGGGUGGGCCUCCUUCGUACAGUGGGGGCUCCCCUCUACGCUGCCUUCCAGGGAGGGCUGCUGCGGGUCACCCACUCCCUGAAGGAGGAGGUUUUUGCCACACUGGGGCAACCGGAACUCGAUGCCAGCGGGCAGUGCAUGGGAGGUAACCUGAGACAGCUGCUCCUGUGGGGUGUGCUGCACAAUGUGUCCUGGGACGCCCAGGCUCUGGGGUUCCUGUCUGGGAUGCCGCCCCCACCCCCUGCCCUCCUGCACUGCCUGAGCACCGGGGUGCCCCUGCCCAGGGCCUCCCCGCGCGCAGCCCGCGGCCAUCCCCGAGCGCCCCGAGCCUUCUCCGUGGACACGAUCUGCUACAACGACUCGGACUCGGGCUUGCCCUUCAGCAUCUCCAACUUCUCCAUCCACCUGUACUGCCAAGACUCCAAGCCCUCCACGCCCCGGCCCCCCUCCAGCAUGGCGGUGACCUGCGAGACGGCGGCCUGGUAUGUGACCUCCCUGGAGGUGAGCGCCCAGUUUUGGUUGCAGGCCUGCCACGAUCAGUAUCCGGAACAGUUCCUGGAUGUCAUCUGCAGUAAUUUCUCGCUGAGCUCCCUGCCCAGGCCCAACCGAGGCCUGGUGAGGCAGCUCUGCGCCAGCCUCCUCCCCCCUCCCACCAAUUGCCCAGAAGGCCUGCCCCCCAUUCCCCUCACGCCUGAGCUCUUCUGGGGUUGUUUCCUGGAGAAUCAGACGCUGUGGGGGGAGCGGAUGUGUGUGGAGGAGGGUCUAGAGGCAGUCCCCCCGCAGAACCAGGCCUGGGUGCAGCAUGUGUGCCAGGGCCCGACCCCCGACGCGGGGGCCUUUCCCCCCUGCCACGUGGGGCCCUGUGGGGAGCGCUGCCCCAGCGGGGGCAGUUUCCUGGAGAUGGUCUGUGUCAAUGAUACCCUCUAUGACUCCCUUGUGCCCUUCUGGCCCUGGCUGGAGGGGCAGUGCAGAAUUAGCCGCGGGGGUAACGACACCUGCUUCCUGGAGGUGCUGCUGGGCCCCUUGCUACCCCCGCUGCCUCCUCUGGGGCCCUCCCCACUCUGCCUGACCCCGGGUCCUUUCCUGCUGGGCAUGCUGUCCCAGCUGCCCCGGUGUCAGGCCGCAGUGCCCACCCUUUCCUACCCUUCCCGCUUACACUAUUUUCUCCGGCUCCUGGCCUUCCUCCUGGGCCCCGGGGCUGGGGGGAUAGAGGCCCAGGGACUGCUGGGCCAGGCCCUGCUACUCUCCAGUCUCCCUGACAACUGCUCCUUCUGGGACUCCUUCAACCCUUGGGGCCGGAGCAGCAUGCUGCGCUCAGUGGGUGAAUACCUGAAGCAGGAGCAGCUGCUGAGCCCGUCCGGCCCUGGGCCCCCCGAUGAUGCCGUCCAGGACCCUGGCAAGAGGGAGCUGCUGGCUUGCUACAGUCCUUUACUGUGGGAACUGCUGCAGAGGGAGAAGAGUGCUUGGGUCUUACAGAUCCUUGUUCAGGAGUACCUGCGCAUGCCCCCAGAGAAUCUCCAGCAGUUGGUGUUGUCAGCAGAGAGCGAGGCAGCCCAGGGUUUCUUGGCCCUCAUCCAUCACUCAUGGGCCCAGUUGAAGGUGCCCCCAUCAGAGGAGCGGGCCCUGGGCCGACUGACUGCUCUCUUGCUCCAGAGAUACCCCCGACUCACGCCUCAGCUCUUUAUUGAUCUGUCACCACUCAUUCCCUUCCUGGCUGUCAAUGAUCUGCUUCGAUUCCCACCCUCCCUGUUGGCCAAUGAGAGCGUGCUGGCUGCCAUCCGUGAUCGUAGUCCAGCCAUGAAACCCGAGCAAAAGGAAGCCCUGGCCCAGCUGCUGGUGGCACCUGAGCUAUUUGGGGAAGUGCCCGCCUGGUCUCAGGAGCUGCUAUGGGCUGCUUUACCCUUACUGCCCCACCUCCCCUUGGAACACUUCCUGCAACUCAGUCCCCACCAGAUCCAGGCUCUGGAGGACAGUUGGCCAGCAGCAGGGCUGGGACCAGGACAGGCCCGGCAUGUACUACGCAGUUUGGUGAAUCAGAGUGUACCAGAUGGUGAAGAACAGGUGCGAAGGCUAGGGUCCCUUGCCUGCUUCCUAAGUACUGAGGAACUUCAGAGUCUUGUACCCUUGAGUGACCCCAUGGGAUCAGUAGAGCAAGGACUGCUAGAAUGUGUGGCCAAUGGAACCCUUAGCCCUGAAGGACGGGUGGCACAUGAGCUGCUGCGGGUGCUUCGUUCAACCGGGGGGGCAGAGUUGAGUCCCCAGGAAUUGCAGGCUUGGGGUCCCCUCUUCUCUCAGCUUGAACUCAGUUUCCUGGAGGAGCUGUCAGAGCUCCAACUCAGAACCAUUCUCCCUGCCUUGCAAAGAACUGACCUCACACUUGGCCAGGCUACCCUUCUGCUUGAACGCCUCCUCCCACAAGAAGAUAUGACAGUGGAAGAACUCUGUGCUCUCAGUCCUCUGCUGCCUGGGCUUAGCCCACACACCCUCAGAGUCAUUCCCACAGAGGUCCUGGCUGCAGCUUGUCCCUGCUUGUCACCCACACUGCCUAGGCUUUCAUCAGCUCAGAAAGCAGCAUUGUUGCAGGCUUUUCGGAUGAAAGAUGGAGUUCAAGGACCAAUGGGUGCAGAUCCAACUGUGUGUCCUGCUGACGAGCCAGGCUCUCUUAUCUGGCCAGAGUGCUUACUUCCUUUGCUGCCCUUAAAGCUGCUACAACUGGACACCCCAGUUCUUCUGGCCAAUUUCAGGGCCUAUCGGGAGCUGCCCUGGUCUGAACAGCAGGCCCAGUUUCUCUGGAAGAAGAUGUCAAUGACCACUAACCUGACACUAAGAAACUUGCAGUCUCUGGGCACUCUGGCAGGAGGCAUGACCUGCGAGUGGCUGCAGCAGUUCAGCUGGAGGACAGAUUUCCUUAAAGUGGUGGUCUUGCUCUACCAGCUGCCUGGUGGGGUUCGAGGGAGCUUGAGGGCCUGUAUCUGGGAGGAGCUCCAGAGGAAAAUGGAAAUAUCUGAGCUGGAGCUGGGAGGCCUUGGACCAGACCUGAAUGGUCUAGAGCAGGAGCUACUCUUCCAAUUACCAAUCCAGCUGAUUGACAGACUCUCCAAUGAUUCUAUUCUCUUGGUACUGGAGCUCGUACGAGGUGAUCCUGAACAAUUCCUAGUACUGCCCCCACUCCGACGAGAAGCUCUGGCAGAGAGGGCACUACGCAGCCUGGCUCCACAGGACAUCCCACUCUCAGGGGAGGUGCUGGAAGCAUUGGGCCCCCUGGUUGGAUCCCUGGGGACAGAGAGCGUAGGCCGAAUCCUCCCACAGACUCUGCUGGCCCAGCUCAGUCGGCUGCAGAACUUCUGCCUGGGAGAACCAUUUGCCACGGAGUUGGGAUGCUUGCUGUUGCAUGAGUCUGCAUUUGGGCGGCCAGAACUCUGGAGGCGAGAUGAAGUGGAGCAGGCUGGACGUCUGGUGUUGACCUUAUCCUCUCAGGCCAUUCUCCUCCUGCCCAGGGAAGCCUUGGGGCCUGAGACCCUGGAACGACUCCUAGAGAGACAACAGAGCUGGGAGCAGAGUCGGGCUGGCCAACUAUGUGGGGUUCCAGAGCUAGGACUCAGAAAAGCAGCCCUGGUGACUGGAGUUGUCCAGGCAGAAGCUGAAGGUGAACCAGAUCCUGUGCCCACCUGUGCAGAUGUUCGAGGGACAUUCCCAGCAGCUUGGUCAGCAGCCCAGAUUGCAGAAAUGACACUGUCUGACUUUGAAGAUUGCUUGGGGUUGUUUGCAAAAGACCCUGGUCUUGGGUCUGAAGAAUUACAAGCAGCAAUGGGCAAAGCUAAAGAGUUGUGGGGUCCCCCUCAAGGACUUCAUCCUGAGCAGAUCCUCCAGCUGGGUCGGCUGUUAAUAGGGCUAGGAGAACGUGAAUUCCGGGAAUUGAUUGUGGUUGACUGGGCAGUGCUGGGAGCCUUGGGACAGUUGGAAGGCUGGAGCAAAAAUCAGCUCCAAGUCAUUGUCUCCAGCUUUUUGAGUCAGAGUGGGCGGCACGUGAGGAACCUGGAUUUUAUUCACCUGACUGCUCUUGGCCAUGCAAUCUGUGGCCUUCGGCCAGAUGAAAUUCAGCACAUCAACAAUCGGGAGUUCAGCAAGGCUGUUCUCUUCCUGGGCUCCCUGCCCCUCCAGUGCUCUGAGGAACAGUUAGAGGCCUUGGCUCACCUGCUUGUGUUGCCUGGAGGCUUUGGACUAGUCAGUAAUUGGGGGCCCGAGAUCUUUACUGAGAUUGGCUCAGUAGCAGCCGGGCUCCCAGACUUGGUGCUCUCAGCACUGCUUCGGGGACAGAUCCGGGGCCUCACUCCGCUCGCCAUUGCUAUCAUGCCAGCACCCAAGUUUGCUGUGGUAUUCAACCCUGUGCAGCUCUCCGGCUUCACCAGCACUCAGGCUCUGGCUAUCACAGCUAAGCAAAUGGCCUGGCUGAGCUCCGAGCAGCGUCAAGCAGUCAUCUGGGCUCAGCAAGAGGGAAAGGAGAGCCUGCAGCAGCUGGGGCGUAACACAGCUUGGGACUUCCAGGAACAGACAGCUUCUUUCUGGAUCCCAACACUGGCUAUCUUUCUACUUGACUGCUUACUCUGAAGCUUGGCUUCUGGGUAGCCAAGAAGGGAGACUGAUAGAAGAAGGGCCUAUGGUCACAUAUAGUAAAGUAUAAAUGGAAGUGUACCUGUUGUUAUUUAUAUUUGUAACUUUUAAUAUAUUAUAGCCUAUAAAAGAAAAUGUUUCUAUUUCCCACCUACUGGAGGUUUAGCAAGGCCUCAUCCCCAAGUUCUUGUGCCCACCUCCAC